UCCGUCGGGCUUGGACACCAUGGCCCCGAGCCACCGCCCCUGGCUCAGGGGACCCCACAGUGGCCCGUCCCUCUCUGCCAUAGUGCACAGCUCUCAUCCCAUGAGUUUCGACGAUGGGUUGUUUCUGCCCAGCAGCUGCCAUGGCAGGACCUGGCUGCUGGACAGCGCAGAGGAACCCUGUGGCCUCAGCGCAGCGUCCAGCCUGGAGCCGAAGCCGCGUCCGAAGGACAGUGGGGUGCCAGGCGCCUGCCUCCCCGGGGUUGUCCACUCGGCCGGCUCCCAGGCCAGCGCCUGUGAAAGGACCCCGUGCCCAUCAGGGGGAUCCUCGGCCAAGUUCAGGUGUGAGUCUCAGCCCUGCGCCUCAGCAAGCAGCCAGCCGGCGGGCUUUGCCCUCGAGAGCGGCCCCCUGGGGAGCCAUGGGGCAAAGCCCCGCCCGCCCCAGGCUCACGUGUCUGUGAAGUGCCCAGCCCCGGACUGUGGACCCAGCCAGGGCCACCCUCAGGGCCCCGGAUCCAGGUCCUGUGGGCCUCUGGUCCCCAACACACCCAGCCCGCAGCUCCCGGGGCCUUCCUCCAACGCUGGUGAGCCCCCCUGCUGUGUGACCGGCGGCUGGUGA